UCAAACAAGUCUGUAAAUUUUCUCUUUCAGAUGAAUCUGGUGUAUACCAAAUCUGCUUUCUCAAAAUUUUACAAGCAAUCCAUUGUCUCUGAUGUCAGCAAUAACAACAAUGGGGGACUCCUUGUCCAUUUCUGGAUUGUGUUUGUGGUACAACAGGCAAAGGGCCAAAUAUUUUGUGCAGACUGUGUUGCAGCUAUUUUAAGAAAUUCAAUUCACACAAGCAUCACCAAUCGAACCUCGGUAGGAAGUCUUCAAGGCCUUGCAGUGGAUAUGGAUUCCAUUGUGCUUAGUGUUGGGCUUCGAUCGGAUUACUCUUCAACAACAGGACCAGGUGCAAACUGCAUCUAUGACCUGCAUGCAGAUCGUUUGCAUCAACAUUUUCCAUUGGACUUUUUGGAAACAUCAGGAAGGAUGAUCUGUUAUUUUAAACUGAUUGCAUUGGUUGGCUACUUAAUUCGCCUUUCUAUAGCUUCCAUUCGGAUUGAAGCAGACAACUGUAUUAGUGAUUCAUUGACCAUUUAUGACUCCCUAAUGCCAAUAAAGAGUAAGAUAUUAUAUCGAAUAUGUGAACCUUCCAAUUCAUUGAUAUCUUUUGUUUCUACAAAUAAUAUGAUGUUAGUUAUGCUGAAGUCAACACAAGUGAGGCAAAUGAAGGAAUUUCAUGGCUACUUUGAGAUCAUUCCACAAGAAAAAUGUGGAAAAACUAUAUUGGCAUUGGGAAGUUCUGGAUUUGAAGGGCGAAUCAUAAGUCCCNNNNCAGAAAAUUUAUUCCCUUUGAAAAAAGAAAAGACAGAUAUUUUUAUUCUUUCUUAAAAUCAGGCUUCUCAGAAGAACUUUGGUAUUGCGCUGAUGUUUCAUAAUUAUAUGAUCAGUGAAAAAAGCAUUAAAGGCUGUGAACGUGGAUGGUGGAAAAUUAAUGAGCUUAUGUAUUGUGGCUACUACAUUGAUCAUCAAACAAUAUUCCGUGUGGCAAACGUGGUGGUUAACAUGGAAUUUCAGUGUAGCUCCAAGCUUUCUGAACAGCCCUUUCUUGUGGAAUAUGGAAGUUACAAUAUCAGCCAGCCUUGUCCAUUUGGAUCUUUUGAAUGCCACAGUGGGUUAUGUAUCCAACAAAUUCAGCUUUGUGAUGGGAUCAAUGACUGCUUUGAUGAAAGCGAUGAACUGUUUUGUGACAAACAAAAUUGUAGUAGCAACUUCUUAACACAGCACCAUUCUUUUAUCUGCGAUGGAAUAAAUAACAGUAAAGAUGGUCAGGAUGAAUUACAUUGCACGGAAAGCAUUCCCUGUACCAGCAAUACUUUUAAAUGCAACAAUGGUAUUUGCUUCAAGAAACAAAAUGCGAAGUGUGAUGGAAUCUUGGAUUGUCUUGAUCAAAGUGAUGAAAAUUGCUGUGGCAGUCCUAGAUACAGCAAUGCUCACAACCGGAUUGUGGGAGGUUCUGAGACCCACGAAGGAGAAUGGCCCUGGCAAGCCAGCUUGCAUUUUGCUGGAGUUGCUUAUUGUGGAGCCUCUGUGAUAUCAAAAGAGUGGCUUCUCUCUGCUGCCCAUUGUUUUCAGGGGAACAGGUUAUCAGAUCCUAGAAUUUGGACAGCAUACUUGGGAAUGCACACACAAGGAAAAGCCAAAUUUGUCUCUACUUUGAAGAGAAUCAUUGUCCAUGAAUAUUAUAACAGUCAAAAUUAUGAUUAUGACAUUGCUCUAUUGCAAUUAAGCAGCCCUUGGCUUGAGGCAAUGAGAUGGUCUGUUGGGCCUAUAUGCUUACCUCCCAUCAUGCACAAUGUGUACCCUGGAGAAAAAUGCUGGGUAACAGGUUGGGGACAGAAGCAGGAAACAAAUGAUGACACACCAGCAAUUUUGCAGAAAGCAGAGGUGGAAAUUGUGGAUCAGACAGUUUGUCAUUCAACAUAUGGACUUAUCACAAGUCGCAUGCUGUGUGCUGGAAUAAUGUCUGGAAAAAGGGAUAGCUGCAAAGGAGACUCUGGAGGACCUCUUUCAUGUCAAAAUAAAGGUGAUGGAAAAUGGUUUUUGAUGGGAAUUGUUAGUUGGGGCUAUGGUUGUGGAAGACCCAAUUUCCCGGGAGUGUACACAAGGGUGUCAAAGUUUGCUACGUGGAUACAAAAAUACAUGCCUUCAGUUUUUAGCUAG